AUGUCGAUGCCCACGAGUACCGCCAACUGGCAUUGGAAAAACAAGAACGUCACGCACCCAUGGGCCAAGGAGUGGUUCAAACACGAGCUCACGUCCAUUGAGCUCUCCCCGAACGGCGAGGACGCGAAGGAGCGUAUAUCCGUCUCGGAUAUGACAGAGUUCGACGGAGAUGUUGAGCUCGGUCAGCGCAAGUCGAAGUUGAUCACCAUCUUCGACGUUCGUAUUGUCCUCAACUGGGCAGGAGUGGCGAGUGAUGGGACGGAAGUGAAUGGUCGCCUUACGGUCCCGGAGGUCUCGCAUGAGACCACGCUCGACAAGACUUCAGACUAUAGCUACGAGUGGUCCCUCAGCACCUCGUCUUCCCCGGCGGUCGAUGCCCUCUACACGCUGGCGAGGAAGCACCUCACGCAAGCACUUGAAGCGAAGUUGGAUACCUUCCCCAAAGCUAUUAUCGACACGCACGGAAAGGACCUCACCAUCGCAGGCUCGAACGAGCCCUCGCGCACAGGCACACCCAAUCCCGCUGCUUCCGCUCCUGCCACGGCAACCGCAGCAGCGGCUGCUGCGAAGCCCGUCACACCCAAGCCCGCCCGCGCGUUGAACACCUCCAAGGUUGUGCGCGAAGCCGUGUUCAUGGCUGCCGCCGACGACCUGUACAGCUUGCUUUCGGACGAGAAGCGUAUCCCCGCAUGGACGCGCGCGCCUGCUCAGUCGGACCCUACCCCUGGAGCGGAUUACGCGUUGUUCGGAGGAGGUGUCAAGGGCAAGUACGUCUCGCUUAGCCCGGGCAAGGAGAUCGUGCAGACUUGGGCCCUGCAGAGCCCGACGUGGCCCGCUGGCCAUAACGCGACGCUCACUACCACCUUCGCCCAGUCGUCUGACUCGACGACAGUGACGUUUUCGUUGGAUGGCGUUCCUACCGGUAUGGAAGAUGAGAUCACGCGGAACCUCGACGGAUACUACAUCCAAGGUCUGAAGUCGAUAGGGUACGUACAACUGGUCGUCUCCCCCUCGCAGCAGCGUUCCUCCUCUCGCACCCCUUCUCCCAAAUGUAAACGUGCCUCGAAGGUGACCAAGAAGGCGAAAGCCAAGUCGAGCAGCGGCCUUUCUGCAGGUGCUGUGCUCGGCGUCGGUCUCGGGGCUGGCGCUCUUGCUCUCGGCCUCGCACUCGUGUCUCCUCGCUUCUCGCAAUUUCUUCCGCUAGCGCUUCGCACUCCUUUUGCUUCGGCUUUUGCGUCUGCUUCCACUUCGUCUCCGGCGUAG